AUGGAGACACUCGAGCAAGACGCUUACAAUACAAUAGCAGGACUUGCAUCUCGACUUAAUAUCAAUGAGGACAAGGCGACACUGUUACUUCUGAGCUUUAAGUGGGACGAAGAAAAAAUAAUCUUGGCUGUUUCAGAACAUCUCGUGAAUGCAGCAUUAUCAACCUACUUCGUGAACCGUCCUCAUUUUGACAACAAAAGGGUUAGCUUGUACGUUGCCUUCUGUGCAAAAUUCGGAAAAGUUGCCAAAAUGUUGGAUGCGAGCAUUACAUCUGUAACAACUGCUUAA